AUGGUUGAUACUGCACCAUUCAUUGGUUCAUUAGGAAGAAGUUCCCUUUUCGAUACUGGUGAUAUAGAACGAGCCCCUGGUGAUAAGGAAAUUGGUAUUAAUGAGCAAGAUAUUCACGCGUUCGUAUCAAGUACUGGUGAAACGGUUCAAUUAAAGAAGAAACCUGUGAAAUUAGCGACUGAGAAUAUAAGUCUAUACACUAACCCAGAUAUUGUUUGGAGAACGGAUGAUACAUACGGCAUCAAUAUAAACUACUUGUUGGACAAAAUUAAUGCAUCUAGUGAGGACUGCGCUAAUGUACAGAAGAGUUCUACUAGAACCAGCAAGAUAGGCAGUGACACACUCUGGGUAGAGAAAUGGCGUCCCAAAAAAUUCCUAGAUUUAGUUGGAAAUGAAAAGACUAAUAGGAGAAUGUUAGGUUGGUUAAGACAAUGGACGCCUGCUGUAUUUAAAGAGCAGUUACCCAAAUUGCCUACCGAGAAUGAGGAGAAUAAUAUGGAACUGGAUCCAUUAAAAAGGCCACAAAAAAAGAUUUUGCUACUACAUGGCCCACCAGGAAUAGGUAAAACCUCAGUGGCCCACGUUAUUGCCAAACAAUCAGGGUUUUCUGUCUCAGAAAUCAAUGCAAGUGAUGAAAGGGCUGGCCCUAUGGUAAAAGAGAAAAUACAUAACCUUUUAUUCAAUCAUACUUUCGAUACAAAUCCUGUUUGCCUAGUGGCGGAUGAGAUUGAUGGAAGCAUCGAAAGUGGAUUUAUUAGAAUUUUAGUUGACAUUAUGCAAAACGACAUUAAAGCCACUAAUAAACUGCUGUUUGGUCAGCCAAGCAAGAAGGACAAAAAACGCAAAAAGAAAAGAUCUGCACUGCUUACGCGACCUAUAAUUUGUAUUUGUAAUAAUCUGUAUGCUCCUCCUUUGGAAAAGCUAAAACCAUUCUGUGAAAUUGUUACUGUGAAAAGACCCUCUGAUAGUACUCUACAAGAACGACUGAACCUUAUCUGUCAUAAAGAAAACAUGAAUAUUCCUAUAAAAGCAAUUAAUGAUUUGAUUGACUUGGCUCAAGGUGAUAUAAGGAACUGUAUAAACAAUUUGCAAUUCUUAGCCUCGAAUAUUGAUCCAAGAAAUUCUGAUGAUACGCAUAAAUCCAGUUGCAGCAAGAAUGUGUGGGAGUCAUCCAUCAAAGACUCCCCUAUAUCCUGGUUUAAAAUCGUGAAUCAGUUGUUUAGAAAAGAUCCACAUCGUGAUAUAAAGGAUCAAUUUUAUGAAUUACUAAACCAAGUAGAACUUAAUGGUAACUCUGACAGGAUAUUACAAGGCUGUUUUAAUAUCUUUCCCCACGUAAAGUAUUCUGACAAUGGUAUAAGAAAGCCAGCAAACAUUUCAGAUUGGCUAUUCUUCCAUGAUUUAAUGUACCAAUCAAUGUAUGCGCAUAAUGGCGAACUGUUACGUUACUCUGCACUUGUGCCCCUAGUCUUCUUCCAAACAUUUGGCGAUAUUGCAAACAAAGCUGAUAUCAGAAUGAAAAACAGCGAGUACGAACAAAGAGAAUUAAAACGGGCCAACUCAGAUAUAGUUGAUUUAAUUAUGAGACAUAUCUCUGUUCAAUCACCUUUGGUGGCUAGUUUUACCGAUAAAAAAUCGUUAAUCUUCGAAGUAUUACCGUAUAUAGAUUCGAUGAUUUCAUCUGAUUUUAACAAGGUAAGGAAUCUGAAACUCAAACAAGCCAUCAUGGAGACACUGGUCCAAUUACUGAAAAGCUUUCAACUUAAUCUGAUCCAAAAUCGGUCGGAAGGAUUUGAUGCAAGGGGCGGUCUAACAAUCGAUCCUCCAAUCGAUGAAGUUGUAUUGCUAAACCCAAAACAUAUCAACGAAGUCCAACAUAAACGGCCUAAUAAUUUGAGCUCGCUAUUAGCAAAGAUCGAGGAAAAUAGGGCUAAGAAGAGGCAUAUAGACCAAGUAACUGAGGACAGAUUACAGUCACAGGAAAUGCACACCAAAAAGGUUAAAACUGGAUUAAAUUCUUCCUCGAGUACAAUCGACUUUUUCAAGAAUCAGUACGGAUUAUUGAAGCCAACUCAGGAAUCCGAAGAAGCACAAAGGGAUACUGGAUCAGACAAAAUGGAUCGGGCAGAUGAUAGCAAUCAAGCGGUUAAAAUAUGGGUGAAAUACAAUGAAGGGUUCUCCAACGCUGUCAGAAAGAAUGUGACUUGGAAUAACCUGUGGGAAUAA